GAGUCACAGUCAUAUACCCGGGAUCCCAGGACACAGACAACAUGUCAGCUCUGCAACUUACCAACCAUGACUUUCAUCUGAAAGAGAAUAAAGAAGCUCACAACUGCGGUGCCUACAUAGGCGAUGACCUGGUUGUACGCAGGGGUCAAGAUUUCCGCGUGACACUGACCUUUAGUGGAUCUGUAAAUGAGCAAGAUAGACUGCAGUUCACAGUUUCUCUGGUCACUUCAUCAGGAGCAGGUAAUUCCCUCCUGGAGUACAGUUUCUCAGAUUCCUCAAGGGCAUCAGACAACAGUUGGUCAGCACAAAGAAGUGGAAAUGGAUCAGCUACCAUUACUGUGAACAUUCACACUCCGAAUGACGCUCCAAUUGGACGCUAUCUUCUUCACGUGGGGACUAAUGGGGGAACCAAACGUGUUGGAGAGUUUAUGUUGAUCUUUAACUGUUGGGCUCCAGCUGACAGUGUGUAUCUAGCAGAUCCGGCUGAGAGAAACGAAUAUGUUUUACAAGAGUUUGGCAUUAUUUGUGUUGGUGAAGUCUCGAAUAAAAUUCCAAUCCCCUGGAACUACGGACAGUUUCAGAAAAAUGUUCUGUAUACCACCUUUCUCCUACUGGAUUCAACCUUAAGCUUCAGAAGAAACCAACAGGAGGAUGUAAGGCGACGCAAUGACCCCUCACAUAUCUGCAGGGUCCUGAGUGCCAUAGUCAACAGUAAAGACGAUAAUGGUGUGGUGAUGGGAAACUGGAGUGGAGAUUAUUCUGGUGGCACAAACCCUAGCACUUGGAAUGGAAGCCUUGGUUUAUUGAAGGCUUGGAACGAGCAACGACAGCCAGUUAAAUAUGGUCAAUGCUGGGUAUUUGCUGGUGUUCUCUGCACUGUCAGCAGAGCACUUGGGAUUCCCAGUCGAGUGAUCACAAACUACGGUUCUGCCCAUGACACAAAUGGUAGCCUGAGUAUUGAGGAAUACUAUGAUGUGAAUGGAGAGCCCGUGACAGAAAGUGAUGAUAGUAUAUGGAAUUUCCAUUGCUGGAAUGAGGCCUGGCUUGUCCGGACUGGUCUUGACUCAAGAUAUAAUGGAUGGCAAAUCUAUGAUUCAACUCCUCAAGAGAUGAGUGAUGGCAUUUUCCAACUGGGCCCCACAUCUCAAAAAGCAGUGAAAGAAGGGGAUGUGAAUACACCAUAUGACACUCGGUUUGUAUAUUCGGAAGUAAAUGCAAAUGUGGUUAAAGUGAUUGUACAAAAAGACGGAAGAAAAACAAUCGGAGAAACAAAUCAUACAAAUGUUGGACUAUUCAUCUGCACCAAGGCUGUGGGGAAUGAUAGUUACACCAAUAUCACAAGUGAAUACAAAUUUCCUGAAGGUUCAUCAGAAGAUAGGCAAACGUACAAUAAAGCUCUGCGGUUGAGUGGUUUGGGAUCAGGAUUUGUACCAUUCUCUGCAGAUGGAAAUUCUGCAUCUGCCUCACGACGUGAAGCUGAAGUAUCUGGUGAGAUAUCAGUUUCUGGAUCACCCAAGGUUGGAGAUGACAUUGAAGCAAUCCUGACUCUCAAGAACCUAAGUCAGAAAAACAGAAAUGUCACUGUCUAUAUCAGCGCAGCUGCCAUUGUUUACAACAAGGCUGUGAGACGAAAGCUCUUCAACCAUUCUGUGACUGUGAACCUCAGCCCAAAUGAAGGUAAUGGGCGGGCUGGACCCGCUUGUAUAUCCUGUAUUCCAAGCAAACGGAAAAAAAAGUUUGAGAAAGAAAUCCCUAUAAAGAUUGCCUACUCCCAAUAUGAAAAGGUCUUAACUACAGAUAAUACGAUUAAUGUGACGGCUGUAUGUAAGGUUGAAGACUGGGGUGAUCUGGUUGUAGAAAAUUACAUUGUCUUGACGAAACCACAACUCAUAACUAAGGCGCUGGGGCCAGCUGUGCUGGGAAAACCAAUGACUAUAGAGGUCACAUUUACUAAUCCGUUAGCUACUCAUGUGAAAAACUGUGUGCUGACAUGUGAGGGCAGUGGGCUAACAAAAGAUGAAGUAAAGAAAAGUUUUGAUGUUGUGGAACCUGACCAGACAAUGAAGAUUACUUUGGACAUCGAACCUUAUGUGUCUGGACAAAAGAAGCUGCUGGUGAACUUCACAUGUGAUAGGUUUAUUGACGUCAAGGGCUUCCUAACCAUUGAUGUGAAGUCAUAAUAGUUUUUUCCCAGAUGUUGUGUUCUCAUAUGUUAUUCCAGAUCAGGACUUGCAUUUUACAGCACAGUCACAAAAUUAUACACGUCAAUUUUAAAGAUCUUACUCAUCUGCUUUUUAUAUAGAGAAUAUAGUUUUUCUAAGUUUUCUUUUAUAAACAUUUUAAAAAGUUUUUUUGUUUUUUUCUGGAGUGACUGAUACUGUGCACCAUGGGAUCAUUCAUUCUCAAACACCAGGGCUUCUCAAGAUGAAAAAUAAAACAUAAUGGCAUUUUAAUCACGCAAUCCUUGCAGUAGUGCAGUGAAAAAAGAUUCAUUACUACAGGCUUAGAGGUCCACUUCACCACAUUUUGCUGCCUCCAUACUAUACACUGGAACAUGCCAAAUUUUCUUUUUGAAUUCUAUAUGAAAUAUGAUCAAACCAUCCAUUUGUAAGCUAUUAAUGUUAUACGGUAGUGUGCAUGAGUGAUUUCUCACUGCUACCAUCGGGUACUUCUGCGCUCCACACUGUCUUCAACUGCAAGCUGUCCCUGCCUCCUUCCUGCUGCUCUCUUCAUUAGGGCAUUCAUGCUUUCUCCAGGUCUUAAAGGGUCAGUGCACACCCUUCCUAAUUUGUUUCCAUCCAAGGCAGCCUUCUCUGUGGUAUAUAUGGUUCCUAGUUUGUCAACACCUGCAAAAGUGUACUGACUUCCAUACUACACAUUCUUUGCCUGUCCUGACCUCAGCUUACCCUCCGAGAAUGCUCUUUCUGCCAUGUACUGAUGUCUUUUUUUUUUUUACCUGACUGAGUCAUUUGUCACUUAACAGCGACUACUGCAAGAGUUAGUAGCCUGGUGGUUCCCCUGCAGUGAAGUUCAUGCGUUGUUGUAGUAACAUGCGUUGUUGUAGUAGUCCUAAGUAGUGUUAAGCGAACUUCUGUUUUAAGUUCGGCGUCUAAAGUUCGGCUUCCGGUUAGCGGAGAAUCCCGAUAUGGAUUCCGA